ACCCAUAAGUUCCGGGAAUUACGCUGUGGUGGGGAGGGAGAGUGGGGGAACCUAUUGUUUGACCACAUGUCCGUUAGUGUCACGCCACCUGCGUCAGUGUGCGAAGUUGUGUCGCUGUGAGUGCAUCGGUUCGCCUGUGAGAUUUUUUUUAGUAAAACAACUUUUUACAUUUCGGCGAAAACGUAAUGGCAGAUUGUCGAGAACAACGCGCGGCUGUGAAAUUUUGUUUCCUGUUGGGGAAAUCGGCCGCGGAAACUAUCGUAAUGCUUAAGACUGCUUAUGGGGAUGCUGCCUUAAGUAAAACCAGAGUUUACGAUUGGUUUUCACGUUUUAAAAAUGGAGAAAUGUCUAUUGAAGACCAAUUUCGUUCAGGACGCCCCUCAACGUCAAGAACUGAUGAAAACCUCGACAAAAUCAAUGCCCUUGUUCGUGAAGACCGUCGCCGAACCAUUGAUCAACUCUGUGAGAUGUCGGGAAUUUCAUGGAGUUCAAUUCAGAGAAUUUUAUCCGAAGAUUUGCACAUGAGAAGGGUUGCAGCCAAAUUCGUCCCGCGACUUCUCACAGACGAGCAAAGGGAGCGUCGACUUCAGGCAUGUUUUGAGCUUCAAAAUCAGCUCGAAGAGGACCCUGAAUUUUUUUCCAAGAGGUGUUGUGCACGCGGAGUUCGUUCCCCCGGGUCAAACUGUCAACCAGAAGUUCUACUUGGAGGUUUUGAAAAGAUUGAGGGAGAGUAUCCGGAAGAAAAGGGCAGAUCUUUGGCGCACAGGCGACUGGUUCUUCCAUCAUGACAACGCGCCGGCCCACACCGCCCUUUCCGUGAAGCAAUUUUUGACCAAAAACGCCAUGACACCAAUUGUCCACCCCCCAUACUCACCGGAUCUAGCCCCCUGUGACUUCUUUUUGUUCCCCAAAUUCAAAAGGAAUAUGAAAGGAAAGCGUUUUGCCACUGUGGA